ACUCCUCAGUCCUCGCUAUUAUUUUCCGUUCCUUUCGUUUUCUUCUUCUUCGCUAAUUUGCCUACUUCCAAUGUUUGCUCCGUGGUUUUGCCAGCUCCGAAGUUCUCGUUGAAAACCCUAACCCCUUUGUCUCCCAUCUUUAUCCAAUCUCUUUCCCUCUCUCUUUCUGGGGUGCUUGGAUUCUACUGGGGUGAGGUCGAGGUAUUGACGUGUUGUCCGGACCGGAUCUAAGGUCUUGAUCCGUUCGGUUUGACGCUUAGUGCCCUGAUCGAUCCUCUUCAGUCGAUGAAGAUGUUCUAUUUUUCCCGUUGAUUGUAGGAUUUUCUUUUAUUUAUUCGGGGUUUGGGAUUUGAGGUAUAAGUCGAGCUCCUUUUUAGGGUUUGAGGAAGAGCAUUUGGUUUUCUAAGGGUUUGAUGAGCUACAUUUCGAGUUUGUGUUCGUAUUUGAUGAUGUAAAAAGACUGGAUUUUUCUCUUAAUAUAGAUUUCAUUUACUUUAUCUGAAUGGAGGAAGACAGGUUUUGUGUAGUUUCGAAAUCCCCGAAAAUGACCUGAAUCGUUGGGCUUAUGCUUGUUAUGGAUACAAAGAGUUUAACAGAAAGAGAUGUUCUUCAGAUCGACCUAGAAAGCGGCAUAAGAUCGGUAAUAAAUGGAGAGGAAGCAUCCAGAGAUGGUGGCUCCAGCGUCCGAAAGGCUAAAAAAAUGCCGAAUAGAGAAAGGAAUGGUUAUGUUGGUAUUGAUGGAUCUAUUAGGGGCGAGGAAUUCGUGCACUCGGGUAGUAGUACAGUAGAGGGUUCUCUUGAGAGGUUUGGAGGGGAGGAAAAGGUGAGCCUUUUGGAGAGCAAGACAGGAGCAGAGAAGCCUAAGAAGCAGAGCUGUAAGAAGCCCCCCAAACUACCCAGGCCUCCCAAGUCUCCAUCACUAGAUGCUACUGAUCGGAAGCUGAUCAGGGAGAUAUCUGAGCUUGCUAUGUUGAAGAAGGCGAGGAUUGAACGCAUGAAAGCAUUGAAGAAGAUGAAGAAUGCCAAAUCAAAAUCUUCCAGCAGCAACUUGGGUGCCUUGAUUAUUACUGCCCUCUUUUGCCUCGUGAUCAUUUGGCAAGGAUUUUUUUCAAGAGGCAGUUCUAGUUUGAGCUUUCAGGGUUCUCCUGGAUCUUCAGUUGCAACGAGGACCGGACUGAUCUCAGUUCAGUUUUACAAUAAUGGCUCAGCAGAUGGGCUGCAUGGUUCUAGUUCCGCAUUUCCCAACAAUGCAGGAGCAUUAACCGGGCUGGACGACCAUGGGAAAACAAGCAGAGGUGCAGGAUGAGCACCACCUCUAAUCCUCUAGAAAGCCGAUCCCAAUAGAUGCAGAGAUUAGUGAUUGCAACUUGUUUCCUCACAAUCCUAUGCAUAUAAGAAGUGUUCUGUGCUUUUCAGGAGACAUUGCAUGUAGAUGACAAUAAGCUUAGUUUUGAAUUUUCUGAUCCUGCUUGGCUUUCUGACAUACUUUUGCAUUUAUAUCCGCUUCUCCU